AAUUUUACUCAAAAACAUUCUUAGCAUACUGCACACACAGAAAACCGAACCUGGCCACGGCUAAUCUACACAAAAAUCCAGCAAAAGUGACCUAAAACUAUGUGAUUCGUUAUUUGUUUGUUGUAUCUACUAUUUAGAUUAGAGAAGUGAAAGAGAGAUGUUCUGGAGGGAAAGAGAAAGAGAGAGCAGGGAUAAUAAUGGCGGUCCACCCAUCGGCAUGGUCCGCGUCCUAGUUGUCGGAGAUUCUGGUGUGGGCAAGACUUCACUUGUGCAUCUCAUUGUAAAUGGUUCUGCUGUAGCACGUCCUUCUCAAACGGUUGGAUGUAUGGUUUCAGUUAAGCAUAUUACUUAUAGAAGUUCUGCAAGCUCUUCAAACGGCUUGGAGGGGGAUGUAGAGAGAGAUUUCUUUGUGGAGCUUUGGGAUGUUUGUGGGCAUGAACGCUACAAAGAUUGCAGAUCUCAUUUCUAUUCACAAGUUAAUGGUAUCAUCUUUGUUUAUGAUCUCUCCCAGAGGAAGACAAAAACAGGCCUUCAGAAAUGGGCUGCUGAGAUUGCUGCAAAUGGGACAUUUUCGGCACCUCUAGCAUCUGGCGGGCCCUACGGGCUUCCUGUCCCCUAUAUUGUUGUCAGCAACAAAGCAGAUAUUGCAGCAAAGGAGAGUGAAAGAGGCAGCAGCGGUAAUCUUGUUGAUGCUGCAAGGCAAUGGGUUGAGAAGCAAGGUCUGCUUUCAUCAAGUGAGGACCUUCCCCUGACUGCAAGUUUUCCUGGAAAUUCAGCUCUCAUUGCUGCUGCCAAAGAUGCAAGAUUUGACAAGGAAGCUCUGAUGAAGUUUUUUCAUUUGUUGAUCAGGAGGAGAUACUUUGCUGAUGAAGUACCUGCACCAUCUCCUUGGUCUUUCACAUCUCAAAGAACUAGUCAGCGCUCAACUGAUAUUUCAAGUGAUGAUGAUCUUCUACACCCAUCAGCAAGGUUAAGCAGCAAUAUGUACAACCAUGACGUCCAUCCUCCUCUUCCAGCUCAACGUAAUCUUCCACCUCCUCCAACUUUGUACCCUCAGCAACCUGUGUCCAAUUCCGAGAACUAUGGCUUCCCAAGAAUCUAUCAAAAUAUUUCGUCAGAGUUCAGUUACUCCAAGUCUAAGCGAACUGAUAUCGACGUCUGAUUAUUGGGGAAGCUCACAGCAUAUUUAGCUUGAACAUCCUUGGCCCCUUUAGACUGCGUAGGUGAAAAGUGCCAAAUUAAUUGUUGGUUAUCCUGUUUGUCCGAGUAUAAUAACCUUAAUUACCUGAUAGUAUCUUUCUUGAGAUAGACUGCUGGAUGAUUCGGAGGGCGAAUAGAAGAUAGAUGAGCAAGACAAAUUCUUUGUCUGUGUGUGACUGGGCAUUGUUUGUAUGUAUAUCACAGAAUGAUAGGGCUGAUGUACAGAAAAGGUCACUUUAAUUUUAAUGAAGGUUACUAAUUUGUCA